GUAAUAAUGCGCCUGAAAUUCGUCAGGGCGCUUCUGAUUCUCGCGCUGUUAGGCAACCUCAUCGUCUGGCAUAAGAUAUGGCGACUAUCUAUGGAGCAAAACACCCUGGGUUUGCUAACGCCGAGCGUCAUGACAAACGAGCACCCACAGAAACACCAACAGUGUCUGGGCCAUUUGGUCACCAUUGUCAUCAGGCAGUUCGAGAACUUCGAAAAUGAUGUGGCGUUCAUGGUGGAGUCAGUUUUGAAUUCCUUCCCAGGGAUACCCAUCUUGAUAGUCUGCGAUGAAUUGCCUUAUCCGCCACUGGAGUUGGACUUUGCCAACGAGAGUAUGAAGAACGUCAAACUGAUCAGCUUAAAGCCUGAAUUCAAUAAGUCCUCCGAGGAAAGGAAUCCACUCUUCUAUAUACGUACCAAGUUUGUCCUAUUCUUACCUGAUGCAACAAGAUUGUCGAAUAAGCAAGUUAUACAGGAUACUAUCGCGCAAGUAUCAAAUUUAGGGAUUGUUAUUGUACCAGUGGGAAAGAUAGCCUUACAUUGUCUUGAAUUAGAUUUAAAAGUGAGAGAAUGGAGUUUGAAGAUAGCACGGGUUAUGGGAACAGAAUGUGAUAGUGUAAUGGGUAAACAUGUUACUAUGCUUGAGGCAAAAAUUUUGAGAAGAUUGUCAGAUCCAUUUCUGCUGCCUUUCACGGACGCGUUGUACAUUCAGACAACAGCAAUUGGUGCAAAGGUACAUAUAUUGAAAAAUUAUCAGUUCAACGAAGGAAAGCCAUUGUACAGAAACCAACAAGCACAAUUCAAAGUACAGCAGCUGUAUCGUACACAUGAGCGAUUGAUGUUUGAGAAAUUGGGGAUAAAGAAAGUUACAAGGGCUUCCGGCUCCGUGGAGUGGUACGGUUGCUCGCGGGAAACUCCGAGAUGUUUUGGUUCAGUAAUAAACGGUGUGCCGUCGUAUCUCUAUCAACAUCGAUACACACCGCCUUGUUGUUUGGCCGGAUUGAGAAAAGUCACCUGUCACGUUAUCGACAAAUUGGAGGAAGUUGGCAUACGAUUCUGGUUGGAGGGCCAAUCGUUGCUGGGAGCGAUGAGGCAUGGCGAUAUUCUACCAUGGGAUCACGAGGUACAAAUUGGAUUGAAUCGAGACGAUUUGGCGAGAUCGCCGUGGUUGGUCAGAGCUAAGAGUAAACCGGUCGUUGAUAAUGACGGCUUCAUUUGGGAGAAAGCGACGGAGGGCGAGUUCUUCAAGGUACAAUACUCCAAGGUGAAUCGUUUGCACGUGAAUCUGCUGCCGUUCUACACGCGCAACGGAUCCAUGACGAAGGACGCGUGGUUCCUGAAGAAUCGGGAUUUCCCAGAGCACUUUCUUCAUCCAAUGUCUAGUAUCGAAUUCGCCGGUAGACAAGUGCCAUGUCCAAAUAAUAUUAGAGACUUCCUAGAGCUUAAAUACUUUAAGGGGGUGAUAGAGAAUCCAGAAUUACCGGGUAAAUUUGUCUUUGAUUAA